CGCGCCCCGAGGCCGCGCCCGCCGCCCCGGCCGCCAUGCGGCGCUGAGGCGGGCUGCGCGCGGCUCCGCGGUGGGCGGCGGUGCUCGGCGCCCUGACGGCCCCGCCGCCGCCCCGCGCCCGGCCCCGGGCCGACCCCGCCGCCAUGGCCAGUGACAGCGGCGGGCCCGGCGGGCCGAGCGCGAGCGAGCGAGACCGGCAGUACUGCGAGCUGUGCGGGAAGAUGGAGAACCUGCUGCGCUGCGGCCGCUGCCGCAGCUCCUUCUACUGCUGCAAGGAACACCAGCGCCAGGACUGGAAGAAGCACAAGCUCGUGUGCCAGGGCGGCGACCCCGCCGGCCCCGCCGCCGGCCCGCGCGCGCAGCCCGGCCCCGCGCCGCCCGCCGCCGCGCCUCCGCCCCGGGCCGGGGCCGCCUCCGGGACCCCCGGGGCGCGGACCGGGAAGGCGGCGGGGCAGCGCCGGGGCAGCGCCGAGGCCGCGCGCGCGCCGGCCCCCGGGGACGCGGCCCAGGCCCGGGGCCCCCGAGGCGCGGCCGAGCGCGGCCAGGAGGAGCCGCCCUCCCGGCGGUCGCCGUGUCCCGAGCGGGCCAGCCUGUGCCCGGCGGGUAGCUCGCCCGGAGAGGCGCUGAGCCCCGGAGGCGGCCUGCGGCCCAACGGGCAGACCAAGCCGCUGCCCGCGCUGAAGCUGGCGCUGGAGUACAUCGUGCCGUGCAUGAACAAGCACGGCAUCUGCGUGGUGGACGACUUUCUGGGCAGGGAGACCGGGCAGCAGAUCGGCGACGAGGUGCGCGCACUGCACGACACCGGCAAGUUCACGGACGGGCAGCUCGUCAGCCAGAAGAGCGACUCGUCUAAGGACAUCCGGGGCGACAAGAUCACCUGGAUCGAGGGCAAGGAGCCGGGCUGCGAGACCAUCGGGUUGCUCAUGAGCAGCAUGGACGACCUGAUCCGCCACUGCAACGGCAAGCUGGGCAACUAUAAGAUCAACGGCCGGACGAAAGCCAUGGUUGCUUGUUACCCUGGCAACGGGACUGGUUACGUUCGGCACGUUGAUAACCCAAACGGAGAUGGAAGAUGUGUGACGUGCAUAUACUAUCUGAAUAAGGACUGGGACGCCAAGGUAAGUGGAGGCAUACUUCGGAUUUUCCCAGAAGGCAAAGCCCAGUUUGCUGACAUUGAACCCAAAUUUGAUAGACUGCUGUUUUUCUGGUCUGACCGCCGCAACCCUCAUGAAGUACAACCAGCAUAUGCUACAAGGUACGCAAUAACUGUUUGGUAUUUUGAUGCAGAUGAGCGAGCAAGAGCUAAAGUAAAAUAUCUAACAGGUGAAAAAGGCGUGCGGGUGGAGCUCAACAAGCCCUCUGACUCUGUCGGCAAGGACGUCUAGGCGACCUUGACCAGCAGCACCCUCGUCGCCCCGUGACUCUGGCUGCUGUUAACUUGCGAAGACAAACGGAAGGGAAGGAACGUGGACACGCGGUGGGCGUCACACAAGGAACCAGCAGCUCUCUGUGCUUCGUGGAGCAGAAGGCUCUGCUGUGACUCUGACCUGCAAGAGCGGCGGAGCCGGCCGCUGCGGCGCCCAGAGGAGGCGCUCUCAAGGAAGACGGCUUUCCAUCCGGACGAGAAUAAGUGCCCUACGUGGAAUUUUUCAUUCUUAUAUUUUGCCAGAUCUAUCAUCUAGCUGAGUUCAUUUCAUCUCUCUCUUUUUUAUAUCAAGUUUGAAUUUGGGAUAAUUUUUGUAUGACUAGGUACAAUUUAUCAAAACUGAAAUGAGAAAAAAUUACAGUAUUAUUCCUCAAAAUAACAUCAAUCUAUUUUUGUAAACCUCUCCGUACUAUUAAAUAUUGCCCUAAAAGAUC